AUGCCCAAGGAUCACAAGAAGGUAGUGGCUGCGCACGCUAGGGCUGCACAAUACCUCUGCGAGCUAGAGGGUAGUGAGCUUGAGGAAAAUCUGAGGGAGCUCCAAGUAGAGGUCAUAGCCCUAGACACACCAGUGGAUACUUUGUUUGAUGGAAUCUCUAAGCUGAAGACAGGUGCAGUUUGGAAGAAGGCAGAACAGAUCAGAUCACUUGGAUACAAUAGGCUCUUUGGUUGUACUCAGCAGCAAAGGGAUAAGGCAGCACAACAAAAGAAAAUGAAGACAUUAACCAAUUCACAGAUUGCAUUCAUGCGACAGUGGUGUGCAACCAAAGAUGAUACUGUGCCUGACAUUGGACCGAGUGUGGAUGAAACACAUUCAAACACUGCUGUAGUAGCACAGCCUCUGCAAGCAUGUGACACAGUGAUUGCUUUUACUGGCUAUCUUUCAGACAAACCCAAGGAUGUGGUUGACUCCAGCUCAGAUAACAAUGACAAUGAUGAUGAUGAUGAUGACGAUGAAGGACUUGGAGGGGAUGGAUAUGACAUAAGCAAUCAGUUGCCUAUUGUGCAGCCACUCAAGUGUCAUAAGCUUAAUAGAAUACAUACAGAAAGGUGUGGAGAUGAGAGGUGCAUGACAUUGGAAGCCAUUGGAAAGCUGUUGAAGUCGAAGAAAACCAAUCAUCUUGCCCUCAUUGUCAAGAGAGGUUACUCUUCAAUUGAUGCAUCAAAACGUGCAGCUGAAACUCAUGGUUUUGCAUCUGUAUCAAAAUGGGAGCUCCCUCAGUCAUUGGCUGGCCAUCAUGUGAAAGUGUAUUCAUUGCUCGAAGACUCUGCUUUUUCAAAGGACAAACCUAUACCUUCUGAAGCAGAGAAAUAUAUUUAUGCCCUUGUUGAUGACGAGAUGCCCUGUGGCUUGAAGAAGUACUUGGAGCUUGAAUUAUUUCCUCGCAUUCACCUCAAAGUUGGAUAUAUGAGAUGUGGCCUUCAUCAUAGUGAUGUGAUCUGCUCAACAGUUGGACAUAUAGUGGAUGCAGAUGAAUCAUCGGAGUAUGGAAAGAAUCACAGAGGGUAUUGGAAUGGUGAGAUGUUUGUGAAACAGCUUAGUGACAAGAUUAUUCUGACUUUUGAACAUAUCUAUGGUCUAGGAUAUCAAGCAUUGUUCCUCAUCAAUAACCCUCAGGGUCACUCUGCAUAUGCUAAAGACGCCUUGCUUGUUUCUCGCAUGAAUAUCAAUCCAGGUGGCAAGCAGGCUCAUAUGCGACCUGGAUGGUUUAUGCACAAUGGCAUGAGAAUUGAACAGAACAUGAUAUUUUCUCCCAAUCACCCUCAAUUUCUGAAUGAACCCAAAGACAACUGCGAUAGCACUUUCAAGACCCUAAAGAAGAAUAUGCCCUUAGCGAUGCAGUCUGUGUAG